CUGUCACGCCCGUUGGUUCCGCAACGGCUGCAACUUCGACUCGGCUCCUAAACGGAAUGAGUUAUAUCCAGUUACUCCGCACUUGGGCUUGACUUGGGGCCAUCUCAACUUAGAGGACUGGUGAGAAAGUCAUAUUGUGUUAUAUACCAUCACACAUGACAAUCAUAUAUCCAGACCAUGUCAUUACGACGUACGUAAAGGCGCAAUCAACGUAACCCACUCUAAAGCACUCGCACUCCAAUGCAAAUGAUGGGUGGUUCGAUAACAUUCCGUUCUCACGAUCUUGAGGUACCAAGUUCUGUGCAGUGAUACAUCGUGCAUAAACAGUAUAUAGAGUAUUUUUAAAUACCCUUCAGCUUUCAAAAGCAACUCGAAUCACCUCCACCAUGGCGACGUCCGAGUCUGCAAAUUCCGUCUCUCAAGUCCCUGAAAACUGUCGAGCUCCCAAUAAUCCUAUUCUCAAGUUGGCAUUCAAAAUCUUGUGCAUUAUCGCAGUCUCUCGGGAGUCUCUCGACCAUUGGAAAGAUACAAAGAACAAAGACUGGAAGGAACAUGUCUCAAUUAUGGUCAAUCGAUUCCAGAACACAAACGUCACUGCCGGGCUCGUGCUCGCAACUACUACUCUAUUCCUGUCGUCACCGCCUCCCGUGCCGCAUUUGAUGGCUUAUAACUCUCCAAUCUCGUACAUCAUCGCCAUGAUUUCAUUCGAUGCUGCAUUGCUCAGCGUAAUAUCUGGAUCUGCUGUACUUGUUAUCUAUGAAACUAGUACCGCUCACAAAGACAUGGAAACCCUCAAGUACAUGCCACGAUACCAAGUCAUCGCGCUGCUGUUAUGGUUAGCAUACCCCUCAAUCUGUCUGUCAGUCGCCACUUGCUUUUUGUUUGUGGCUAUCUUUAUCGCCUGCUUCGGGUCCGACAAUGUCAUUGUCAACAUCAUAACUAUCUUGGCUUGUGUGGCCUUCCUUUCAAACGGAGCCCUUACGCUCUACGUUUUCGCCGUCGUGGGCAGAAAGCCGGCCAAUGGUGAAAAAACCACCCCCACACAAGUUAUCGACGGGCAUCAUGCUAGUAUAGGUGCUGCAUGCCUUCCGCGUUGACGGUCAUGACUGGCUGUGAUAAUUGUUAUAGUAUGGGUGAUCGAAGCAUUGGCUGCACUGCGAGCCAAAGGGGGUGGCUUUAGCACGAUCCUGGACAAGACGACAAUGUCCACCGUGUGGACAACGCACAUUUAGUGACCUCAAUCUACCCGGCAAGGAGUGAUGUAUGAUAGUCAUUUUCCGUUUUACUGUUACUGAAGGAUUUAUGAGUUUGCCACCUACAACUUCUACCAUUCUAUUACAUAUUCAGACCAACGUGUAUAUCAGAACUAGAAUCGGUGAUUAAUUAAUACGAAGAAUCAUUCACAUUGGAA